AUGGCUGACAGAAUUAAAAAAAUUAGAGGUUCUGGUGCUAUUGAUGUAAACGUACGUACGUUUCAUAGCUUCGGACUAGAGCUUAUCCGUCGUAAUGAAAUAUCAGUACCUGUCGAUCGUUUUGCCUUGAUUUAUGAUGAUUCAGAUCAACGACAACUGAUGCGCGAUGUAAUGUCAACGCUCAAGGUUGAUACGGAGCGUGUAACACCACGUAAAGUUUUAGGUUUAAUUGAGUCAUUUAAACGUCGUGCAUUAUUGGCUGAAGACUUAGAUACUGCAAUGAUUCCAAUGACAGAUUUUAAUGUUGUCGAGUUAUAUGAUGCUUACCAGAAGGCUUUAAUCGCUGCGAAUGCGCUUGAUUUUGGAGAUCUCUUACUAUACCCCGUUCGAGCUUUAAAAAAAUCCCCGAUUGAACAGGAGCGAUUACAAAAGCGAUUUCGUUUUAUUAUGGUUGAUGAAUUUCAAGAUACCAAUCAUAUUCAAUACGAGCUGAUGCGUUUACUUGUCGAUGACGUAGGUAAUUUGGCUGUGGUCGGUGAUGAUGACCAGUCGAUUUAUGCCUGGCGUGGUGCUGAUAUCUCAAAUAUCCUUAACUUUGAACAAGAUUAUGCUUCAGCACGUGUGAUUAAGCUGGAGCAAAAUUAUCGAAGUACAGAAGUUAUCUUAAAUGCUGCUUGGGAGGUUGUACGUCAUAAUAUUCAACGUAAAUCAAAGCGCCUUUGGACAGAUAAGAAAGGGGGAGCUCUUAUAAAACGUGCUGUUUUGAGUGAUGAGCGUGAAGAAGGUAACUUUGUCGCUCAGCAAGUCAAAGUAAAGCUUACAGCAGGCGCCAAACCUUCAGAGAUCGCUGUCUUUUAUCGUACGAAUGCACAGAGUAGACCAAUUGAAGAAGCGCUUAGGCAAUUAGCCAUUCCGUAUCGUAUUGUAGGCGCAACAGGAUUUUAUGCUCGUAAAGAAGUUAAAGAUGUGCUUGCUUAUUUACGCCUAAUACAUAACGCUGCAGAUGUUGUGGCAUUUUCUCGUAUUGUUAAUGUUCCGCGCCGUGGUAUUGGUAAAACAAGUCUACAACGUGUUGUUGAUGUUGCGUUAGAGGAAGGAGUAGAUAUACUCCAAGCUAUAGACUUAGCCUGUGAUACACGUAUUUCUGGUAAGCCUGCUGCUAGUUUAAAGCGUUUCAAAGAAUUUAUUUUUUCAUUUAAGAGGCGUGUUGAGCAAGACUCGAUUACAAAUCUGACAGCAGAGUUAAUUCGUGUCUUAGAUUUACGACAAGCUUAUUUACAUGAAGGCGAGGAAAUUGCGAGAGAUCGUCGAGAAAACAUUGAUCAAUUACUUGUAUCAAUGCAAGAUUUUGAACAAGAUACUAGUGAUCCUAGUCUGGCAAAUUAUUUAGAUCUUGUUUCUUUAGUCCAAGAUGUAGACCAGGCUGAAGAAUCAAGUGUACAAUUGAUGACUUUACAUAGUGCAAAAGGGCUAGAGUUUGACAUUGUACUUAUGUGCGGAUUGGAGUAUGGCCUUUUACCCCAUACGCGUUCAAUUGAUGAAGGAUCUGAGGAAGAAGAGAGGCGUCUGUGUUAUGUUGGAAUGACAAGAGCGCGUCAAGAAUUGUUUCUGACCCGUGCACGUACACGUCGUACCUUUGGCGCCAAAUUAAGCCAACAAGCAAGUCCUUUUUUAACAGAUAUUCCGGCGGAGCUAACUCAGUCAAUAUCACCUCAAAGUAAUCCAGAGCGUUUUCCUUACUCCGCACCAAUGCGUUCUGUAAAGCGGCCAGAUAAUCGUUCUGCUGCUGUGGUAGCAGAUGAUAUUCCUACACAAUUUCAGCCAGGUGCUAGUGUAGUGCAUCCUAUUUUUGGUAUUGGGCGUAUUGAAUCUGCCCAAAAAGGUCCAAGAGGGCUAAAGCUUAAAAUCUGCUUUACUGCAGGAACAAAGACAAUUUUACCUAGUUAUGUUGAGCUAAAGCCCGUAUCUAAUUAG